CAGCAGAUAAGACUCAACCAGAGAAAAAUCUCUCUUACACAAACCAAAAACCACCACCACUUGUCCUCUUCUUCUCUUCCUCCAUAGCCACCACCACCACCACCACCUUUCUGCACAGACAACAAAUCUUGCAGAAAGAAAAACAAUGUCUUGCUCCAAUCUCACUAUGCUAGUCUCCUCAAAGCCAUCCCUCUCCGACCCAUCCACCCUCUCCUCCCGCUCCUUCCUCAGCCCCUUCCACCUCCCUAACUCCGCCACCUCCUCCCCCACCCCUUCCCGCCCCUCCUCCACCCAAAUCAACUGUGGCCUCCGUGAGCUCCGCGAGCGCAUCGUCUCCGUAACCAACACCAAGAAGAUCACCGAGGCCAUGAAACUCGUCGCCGCCGCCAAAGUCAGGCGCGCCCAGGAAGCCGUCGUCAACGCCCGCCCCUUCUCCGAAACCCUUGUCGAGGUCCUCUACAACAUCAACGAGCAGCUCCAGAUCGAAGACGUCGACAUCCCUCUCACCAAGAUCCGACCCGUCAAGAAAGUCGCCCUGGUUGUCAUCACCGGCGACCGUGGUCUCUGCGGCGGCUACAACAACUACAUCAUCAAAAAAGCCGAAGCCCGCAUCAAGGAGCUCAAGCAGCUCGGCCUCGAGUACACAGUCAUCAGCGUCGGCAAAAAGGGUAACACCUACUUCACGCGCCGCCCGUACAUACCCGUCGACAAGUUUAUAGAAGGCAGCAACCUCCCCACUGCCAAAGAAGCUCAGGCAAUCGCCGACGAUGUCUUCUCCCUCUUCGUCAGUGAGGAGUGCGACAAAGUCGAGCUUCUCUACACAAAGUUCGUAUCUUUGGUGAAAUCGAACCCCGUUAUUCACACUCUGCUCCCGUUAUCUCCCAGGGGAGAAAUAUGUGAUAUCAACGGUAUCUGUGUUGACGCUGCGGAUGAUGAGUUCUUCAGGCUGACCACAAAGGAAGGGAAGUUGACUGUGGAGAGAGAUGUUGUUAGAACCAAGACUACCGAUUUUUCGCCAAUCCUGCAGUUCGAACAGGACCCUGUCCAAAUUCUCGAUGCCCUUUUGCCGCUUUACUUGAACAGUCAAAUCUUGAGAGCUCUACAGGAAUCUCUUGCCAGUGAGCUUGCCGCUAGGAUGAGUGCUAUGAGCAAUGCCACUGAUAAUGCUGACGAGCUGAAGAAGAAUCUGUCGAGAGUUUACAACAGACAGCGUCAGGCGAAGAUCACCGGAGAGAUUUUGGAGAUUGUCGCCGGAGCCAAUGCUUUGGUUUAGACCGGAGCUUCGUUUCCUUUGUGCGCUUGUGUUUUGUGGGGCUGUCUCUGUUUUUUUCGUUUCGAUUGUGCCUGUCAAGAAAAUAGUGAUUUCAGCAUAGACACUUAUUUAAAUUUGUGAUUCUCGAAUGCGUACAAAAUUUCUCGAAAAGAUGAGGAGUCACCACCAUAUUUAUUUUGUAAACAUAAGAACAUCUUUUACUCACCUUCAAUAUAUAUAUGUGAUUAUUAUCCUUUGCUUCUGCAACGGAUACUUGAUUUUAUCU